GAUUGUUUUUCGCAAGUUUUUUGACAAUCUGGAGAAUACAUAAAACAAGUCGGAAUAAACUAACAUCUGAAAAGACUGAAACGUGCCCUUAAGUUCCCAUUCGGUAGUUUAUUAACUGUUUUUGUGCAUUUAGGAUUAAACUCUGCGAAAAAUGCCUAGAACCAAAGUAAACCGAACCAAGAAAUUAGUAGAAUCCAAGAAACCUUUGCCAAAGGAGAUACAACAUGAUAUAAAAGAAGCUAAACUAAUGAAGGAACAAAUCCAGAAACAUCUGGAUGAAACUGCGACCUUUUUGAAAUCACAUAUAAGCACUAUGGUUUCGAAUUGGGUUAUGGAUAUGCCUAUCCAACUUAAAAAUGCAACAUACGGUGAUCUGAAAAAAUCCUUCCAAUUGAACUCCACAACUCAGAACUUCACUUCGUCAGUGAAUUCUACCAUUCACAGUAUACAAACGGCCAAGAAAAAGCGAAAUGUCCAAAGAAGUUCAUCACUUAAUGAAGAUGAUGGUUACCUUACAGCCGAAUCCGUCUCGAGUUCAUCUGGAAGGAUGUCUCGUUCGCGGAAUCUUAAGACAGUUGAAAAAUCCACCAGAGUCUCCAGAUCAUUGUCCAGAUCAAAAACAAUCAAAAGUACCUACAAAACUCCGAUGCACCGGCAGCCGACGGCCGAAUCCUACGGAUUAGUCACCCCUAAAGUGAAACCCAAUACCCCUCAAGUGAUCAUGCGUAAGCCCAAACAGGGUGAAAUGGUCCUCUCGUUGUCUGGAAGUCCACUGUACACGGGAAGCGUGGUUUCCGAAACAAAUCCCAAUGUUAAUAUUCCCUUGCAAGAUGGUAGGCACAUCACAGUCCAUCCGCUGGGGCAUUUACGAAAGUCCAUGAUUCCGGAACUGGACUCUGAUACGUUGCGUCAUCUGGCGAAGCUGAGAGAUAAUUUGAAUGCACUGGUCGGUGUGCGCGAAGAAAAUGACUAUUAGAUUAGCAAUUUUAUUUUAUAUUAGUUAAUAUUUUAGAUACUGUAUUAUAUAUAGUUCCGUCUA